CUUUCACCAGAAGCUGAAGCUCGCCUUGCUAACAGAGCACGUUUUGAGUUAGAGCUCGAAUUUGUCCAAGCUCUCGCGAACCCCUUUUAUCUCCACUCUCUCGCGCAGCAAAAUAUCCUUACACAGCCCGCAUUCAUCAAUUUCCUAGCAUACCUGUUGUACUGGAAGGAGAAGGACUACGCUCGGUUUAUUCACUAUCCGCAUGCACUACAUCAUCUAGAGCUUCUCCAGAACACCCAAUUUCGCUCCGAGAUCGGAAAAGAUGAAUGGCGCGAGUACUUGAAUCAGAAGCAAUUUGAUCAUUGGAGGACUUGG